CAGUUUAGUUACAACAUUUCAAAGUAGUUACAAAAGUGCUUUUCAUUUGGAAAAGUUUAAAACCUAAAGUAUUUCUGUUUAGAUGAAGAGUAAAGUUCAUGAAAAAAUAGACAGCACAGUUUCUAGAAAGCAUAUGGAAUAUAACAUUAUAGAGACCCAGUAAGUUAAGCAUAUACUAGCCUGAACAAAUGUUAUUCUCUCGAACCUCAACAUCCACCAAAAGCCCAAGAAAAGAUGUGACCCAAGAAUCAGCCUCUUUUUUUAUCCGUGUAGCACGCACGUAUAUCUAAAUCUCUUGGAACGUAUCUCUCUUGGAUCCUGGAUUUAUUACCAUUCUCACCAGGGAUGGAGGUACAACCAGAAAGUGGAAAAGUUCAGAAGAAGUCCACAAGUCAAAAGCUGGAGGACCAAAAAAAGAUCUACACUGACUGGGCAAAUCAUUACCUAACCAAAGCAGGCUGUCCCCGCCUCAUAAAGGACCUCACCCAGGAUAUCCCAGAUGGAGUUCUACUGGCACAGAUCAUCCAAAUUAUAGCUAAUGAGAAAGUGGAGGAUAUUAACGACUGCCCCAGGACUCAUACUCAAAUGAUUGAGAAUGUGGAGGCUUGCUUGACGUUUCUAGAGGCCAGAGGAGUCAGCGUACAGGGCCUAACUGCUGAAGAGGUGUGUAAGGGGAACCUGAAGAGCAUCUUGGGUUUGUUCUUCAUCUUGUCCCGGUAUAAGCAGCAACAGCAGCAGCAACAGCAGUACCUGCAGUCUCUGGUGGAGCUGCAGCAGCAGGUCACACACCAAGCCACUGGGGCAGCGCCUCCAAGCCACAAAACACAAGACAUGCAGUCCAGUCUUACGGCACGAUAUGCAAGCCCAACAGCUCACAGUGGAAUAGCAGCUCCUCAGAAGAAAAACACAAGGUUGCCAGGUCCGUCCAGAUCCCCCGCUGCAGGCAGUGUGGGCAGCAGCAGCAAAGCUCCGCCCUCAGCCACCGCUCUGAACCGCAGGAGCCAGAGCUUCAACAGCAUCGACAAGAACAGACCACUGCAGUAUGCCAGCGGAAACGACAGAGAAUCAGUGAAGUCCAUACCUCUAGCGGGCAGCAUGAACGGCAGCAGCAGUGGCCAGCAGCUGGCCUCAUCCAUCCCUUCCCCGACAGCAGGAAAGGCUUGGCGCAGCAAGUCCAUGAACAUGAAGCACAGUGCAACUUCCUCCAUGCUGGCCACCAGCCCCACUUCCUCUCCACCUCCUCCGUCCACUCCUGACCGCCAACGGCCUCCGUUAACUGAUGCCUCCAAAUCAGCCCCUGGGAACCAGCGGUCCAUGCUGGAGAAGUUUCGCCUCAUAAACUCACGUUCUGCAUCCAGGACUUCACCUUCCAUGGCUGAAAUGGCUCUACAAGAAGAAGAUGAUUUGUCAGAGUAUGGAGAUGAAGGGUCUUGUAGCCCAGUGCCAUCCAAUGGAAUGUCCAAGCAGCAGGGCAAGACACCUGCGUCCUCUGUCUUGACCCAAAACAAGAGCACAGCUAGCAUAACUGCUACUACUGCUAACAGCCAAAGUAGCAGUACCAAUACCAACAAGAACGCCUUAAAGUCUCUUCCCCAGCCUAAAGACAAAGAAGAGAAGAGCAAAAGCAAAAGUAAAGCCAGCACUCCACCUAAAGAAGAACCAGCACCUGUAGAACCAGCUAAGAAAACGUCGAGAAUCGCUAGCAUGAUCCCUAAAGGAGGUAAGACGCCCACAGCAAAGAAAGAAAGUGCAAUCCCAGCUUCCAGUGGCAUCCCUAAACCUGGACUAAAGGCUCCAGCAGCUUCAGCCAAUACCAAGUCUGCAGGAGGUCAGCCCAGCUUGGCGGGAGCGCCAGUUAAAGAAGGUGGCGAGAAGGCAAAGAGCGGCAAAGGAGGGCAGGCGUACUACAUGCAGCGUCUGGAAGGCAGGAAGACCAGCAUGGUUUCCUCCACCAGUACUUCUGCUCUUUCUGGUUCAACUGCAUCCACCAUUGGAGGAGGAGGGGUGCUGGGGGGCAACGGAGCAGUACAACUACCCCAGCAACAGCAGCACAAUCACCCCAACACGGCAACCGUUGCACCUUUUAUAUGCAGGACAUACUCAGAGAACGACUGUACUGCAGUAAUUGAGCCCUGCCUCAGUCCCACUAAAGAACUCAUCUACAACAAAACAGCCAAACAGUGCCUAGAGGAGAUAUCAGGUGAGGACCCUGAGACGAGACGAAUGCGGACGGUAAAGAACAUUGCUGACCUCAGACAGAACCUGGAAGAAACCAUGUCCAGUUUACGUGGGACACAGAUCAGCCAUAGCACUCUAGAGACAACCUUUGACACCACGGUGACCACAGAGGUAAACGGGCGUGGCCUCCCCUCCCUUUCCAGUCGCUCCUCCCCUAUGGCCUGGCGGCUUGGCCAAUCACAGAGCCCUCGUCUGCAGGCGGGCGAUGCACCCUCCAUGCCUGGUUACGCCCCACCCAGGUCUGGCACCACCGGGGCGACUGGUCGCUAUGGGGACGCCUCGAGGUUCGUCUACUCUGCUCCACUGAGGAGGGUGGCAACUUCAGGGGGCAGAGGGGCGGAGCUAGGGGAGAAGGGCAUGCCCUCAGAGGUGGGACCAGAGGGGGAUGUAGGUGGAUACAUGAGUGAUGGAGACAUUCUGGCUAAGAAUGUACGGGCUGAUGAUGUCACCAGCGGGUAUCUGACAGAUGGGGGUAUUCACCUGUACUCCCGCAGUGUGAGUCGCCCGGAGCUGCCCUCCACUCGAGAGGUCGUUCACAGAGGGGUCAGAGAACAGGGGGAUGCUGACAGUUGGGAUGACAGUAGUUCGGUCAGCAGUGGUUUGAGUGAUAAUCUGGACAACAUCAGCACAGAUGACCUGAACACUCCAGCAUAUUCCACAGUCUCCACCCGCAAGAGCAAAGGAGCACAGUCCCACAAAGACAGGCACUGUGAUCAGAAUGACAGCAGCUGGACUGGAGCUGAAGAGCUGAAGAAGGUUGAUGAAGAAAUGGAGGCCAUGGACUCUUCCUCUAGAUGGAAACCUACAUCCUCUUCCUCGACACAGGGGGAGGAGGGUGGGCAGAAGGGUUCAUCACACACACCUGCAACACACUCUUCUGCAGCACACACAGGCUCGUGGAGGAGGGGCAUGAGUGCCCAGGCUGGCAUCACUCCCCCACGGACCAAAAGCACCACCGCCACUACCUCCAUCAAAACUACAGGUAAAACAGACGAUGCUAAAGCUUCAGAGAAAGGCAAAUCGCCAUGUAAAUCCCCCAGCAUCCAGCGCUCCCCCUCAGAUGCGGGCAAAAGCAGUGGGGACGAAGGCAAGAAGCCCCCGUCUGGUAUUGGCCGGCCUCCUGCUGUGGGAUCUUUUGGAUUUAAGAAGAUUCCAGGUCCUUCGGGGCCACUAGUCACGGCCAGCGGUGCUACGCUGGGUAGCGGCUCAGCUACUUUGGGAAAAAUGCCCAAAUCUGCAGGCAUGGGGAAAGGUGGAGCCGGGAGAAAAACGAGCCUGGAUGAAUGCCAGCCCCAAGACGAUGGCGUCCUGCUGGGCGUUGGGGGGUCAAAAGUCACGUUUCAGUAUCGCUCCCUUCCUCGGCCGGCCAAAUCAUCCAGUGGAAUUGGAGGGGUGGCAAGGAGUGGCUACCGCUCAAGCUCCAGCAGUAUCGACUCCAAUGUUAGUGGAAAGUCAGCAGGAGGGGGAGGGACUGGGGGUGGAGUCAGUGGAGGAGCUGGAGGCGGGGUUUCAGGAGGCUCUAAGAGGAGAGACGGAGGGAAAGUUGGAUCAGGACGUUCGAGCCCAGUCACUGUAAACCAGACAGAUAAAGAGAAAGUAGCAGUAUCUGACCAGGAGGGGGCAGCACUGUCGACGUCCCCAAAAUCCAGCCCAACGUCGUCAGGACUGAGACAGCCUGGGUCAAAGUACCCAGACAUUGCUUCACCCACCUUCCGCAGGUUGUUUGGGAGUAAGGCAAGCAGUAAGCCCAGUUCUCCUGGGACACCUGACUCUGGUAAAUGCCCAUCUGCUUUGGGGAGCCCCCAUGCCACGCUCGCCCGCCAGCCCAGCCUGGACUCACCCUCCUCAGGCACGGGCAGCCUGGGCAGCAGCUUAGGGGGACACAGUGGGCACAGCGGGGGCCGGACACCAGAGCCUGGCAUGGAUUCACCUGCCUCCAGCCCUGCCUCCGCCCUCUCCCUGCCCUCGAAUGCCCGUCCCUGGCCCCCCACCCUCAGCAGCUCCUCAGCCGGGAGUAAAGAAACACUGAGCUGCCAGAGUCUGACCAGCUUACACACCAGCUCCGAGUCCAUAGACCUACCCAUCCCCCAUCAUCACCAUCACACUCCCAAAGUCACACGCACUGGCAGUGUUAAAUCCACACUCUCAGAAGGCAUGACUCUUGACAGAAACACUCUGCCCAAAAAAGGACUAAGACACCCUCCCUCUUCCAGACAGACGUCUCAUGAUGAAGGGAAAGAAUGGUUGCGCUCUCACUCCACUGGAGGGUUGCAGGACACAGGAAGUCCACUAUCACCUCCUGGAUCCACUUGCACUAGUGCAGGAAAAUAUCACUAUUCCAACCUAUUGAGCCCCACCAGUAUGUCCCAGUAUCCCCUGUCCAGUGGCAGCAUGAGUCGCUCUAAUAGUAUCCCAGAGCAGGACCGAUUUGAGCUGUUUGCUGAAGGUCGAGCAUUGGGUGGCAGUGCCACCUCACUGGAGGAACGACCACGAGCCAUGAGCCGAUCUGGAUCAUUCCGGGACAGUACAGAUGAAGUCCAUGGAUCAUCUCUGUCUCUGGUCUCCAGUACCUCCUCCUUAUACUCUGCGACGGAGGAAAAGGCACACUCUGAGGGGCAAACAGUCCGAAAUACCACGCAAAUCAGAAAGCUGCGACGGGAGCUGGAUGCAUCCCAGGAAAAGGUUGCGGCCCUGACAUCCCAGCUGGCAGCCAAUGCACAUCUGGUAGCAGCGUUUGAGAAGAGUUUGGCAAACAUGACCUGCCGCCUACAGAGUCUAACCAUGACGGCAGAGCAAAAGGAGUCAGAGUUGGUGGAGCUGAGAGAGACUAUAGAAUCCCUAAAAACUCAGAACACUGAUGCACAAACUGCCAUUCAGGUUGCUCUCAAUGGACCAGACCACUUGCACAGAGAUCUGAAGAUCCGUCGGCAGCACUCCUCUGACAGCAUGUCCAGCAUUAACAGUGCAGCCAGUCACUCCAGCAUGGGCAGCAGCAAGGAUGCUGAGGACAAGAAAAAGAAGAAAAAGAGCUGGGGAAAGGACAGAGGACACAAGUUGAGGAGCUCCUUUAAGCAGGCAUUUGGAAAGAAGAAAAGCUCAAAGCUGCAGGUGGCCCAUGAUGAGCUGGAGGAAGUGAUCGACUCACUGCCUGCAUCCCCCAAACUACAGCACAGCAACAUGCAACAGGGAAGCACACAAACUUUACACACUUCACCUUCAACUACAGAACUGUGUGAGUGUACAGAAGCUGAGGCGGAAAUCAUUCUGCAGUUGAAGAAUGAGCUGAGGGAGAAGGAGCUGAAGCUCACUGAUAUCAGACUGGAGGCUCUAAGCUCCGCCCACCAUCUGGACCAGAUACGAGAGGCCAUGAACCGCAUGCAGAAUGAGAUAGAGUUACUGAAGGCAGAGAAUGACCGGCUGAAGUCCAGUGGAAACACCACCCCUGCUGCCACGCCUGCUAAAACGGCACGCCCUCCAUCUGAAACCUCCAGCACCUCUUCCUCUUCCUCACGCCAGUCUCUGGGGCUCUCACUCAACAACCUCAAUAUCACUGAUACCAUCAUGUCAGAUCUGCUUCUGGAUGACAGCUAUGAAGGCAAUCUGCGGAAGGAGGGCCGGAGUGUGCGUAUAGUCAUCACCAUCUCUGGGGGCUCCAACAGGACCAAGGCUAUGCACAGUCAGGAGUAUCUGAUUGGCUCCAUCGGUGUCAGCGGGAAAACCAAGUGGGAUGUGUUGGAUGGUGUAAUACGACGGCUGUUUAAGGAGUAUGUAUUUCGUGUGGACCCGCUUACGAGUCUGGGCCUGAAUUCAGACAGCAUAGUGAGCUACAAGAUGGGGGAUGUUAUCCGAUCUCAUGUCUCUGAGGUGCCUGAACUGCUGCCCUGUGGAUAUUUGGUGGGGGACAACAACAUCAUCAGUGUUACACUGAAAGGUGUACGAGAGAGCAGUAUAGAUGAUCUGGUGUUCGACACUCUGAUACCAAAGCCGAUAAUGCAGCGCUACCUAAACCUGCUGAUGGAGCACCGCAGGAUCAUCCUGUCCGGUCCCAGUGGCACAGGAAAAUCACACCUGGCCACCAAACUGGCCCAUUACAUCAUUAACAAAACCGGCCGAGAAGUGACGGACUCCAACCUCGCCUGCUUCAACGUGGACCAGAAAUCGAGCAAGCUGGACCUGCAGCAGUACCUCUCCAGUCUGGCUGAGCAGUGCAAUUCAGAGCAGAGUGAGGUGGACCUCCCCCUGGUGGUCAUACUGGAUAAUCUGCACCACAUUGGCUCCCUCAGUGACAUCUUUAAUGGCUUCCUCAACUGCAAAUACCACAAAUGCCCAUAUGUGAUUGGAACAAUGAACCAAGGUGUCUCGUCCUCCCCAAAUCUAGAGCUGCAUCAUAACUUCAGGUGGGUGCUGUGCGCGAAUCAUACAGAGCCAGUGCGGGGCUUUCUGGGUCGUUUCCUGCGCAGGAAGCUGAUCGAGAUGGAGAUUGAUAAGAACAUGCGCAGCAAUGAGCUCAUCAAGAUCAUAGACUGGAUCCCCAAAACCUGGCAGCAUCUCAACGGCUUCUUAGAAGCACACAGUUCAUCAGACGUUACUAUAGGUCCCCGGUUGUUCCUCUCCUGCCCAAUGGAUGUGGACGGAUCUCGGGUUUGGUUCACUGACCUGUGGAACUACUCUCUGGUGCCAUACUUACAGGAGGCUGUGCGGGAGGGGCUGCAGUUGUACGGUAAAAGAGCUGCAUGGGAAGAUCCUUGUAAAUGGGUAAUGGACACAUACCCCUGGAGCGCUGCAUUGUUGCAGCACGACGGACAGUCUCUGUUACAACUGCGGCCAGAGGACGUUGGGUACGAUGGGUACAGCUCGUUUAAGGAUGGAGCCUCUUCCAAACAAGUAUCCCAGAGUGACACGGAGGGAGACCCACUGAUGAAUAUGUUAAUGAGGCUACAGGAAGCCGCGAACUACUCCAGCACUCAAAGCUGUGACAGUGACAGCGCCAGUCACCAUGAUGACCAACUUGACUCCUCCCUCGAGUCAGCCCUAUGAACCCUAUCUGCCUAUGAGGAGGCAGAGCCUUCUUCUUAUUGGUUUUCAGAGAUGGCAGAUCAGAGCGUUUGCCAGACCUUAGUGGACGGGGCGAGUGUCCACUUAGGCUGGAGUACCAGAAGCUGAAGAAUGCAGAAGCGAGAGGAAGAAUCGCACGUGCAGAAACAAAUACUGGUGAAACGUGCAAUUUAAAAACAAAACAUAGCAGCAAACAACAACUGGAAGUUCUAGUUUGUUUUCUUUUGGUCAGUGUCAUCCAUGCUGACCCCUUAAACCCUAGGCCUAUUAUUCCAUUAUUAAUCAUAAAGAAGUCAAAAAUGCUAAUGCUGCUAAUGGUGAAUGAAAGAGAAUAGCGACCAGUUAGCAUUAUGGAAUGCUAAUUUUGCUAGAUGGUGGCUACUGGCUUGUAUUUGUAGUCAGCCUUGGAAGCAUGUUUAGUCAAGCUAUUACUUUAAGGCUCGCUAUGAACUAUUUGAUAGCUAUUAACUUAAUGCAAGAAAAUGAAAUGUGGGCGUUCAUAUAGAUUCUUAGAGUUUAAGGGGUUAAAUGCAGUUGUUUACACAAGUCUUUUUCAGUUUGCUGGUGAAAAAAUGGGGCGAAGUGCUAAAUCAUGACCUCAGUGGACGUCCUGGUGCUGCUGCGGUGCCACUGUUCCCGUCGUUUACGCGCCGUUCACACCUAGCCAACAAAGCACAAGCCUCGCCUCGUGUCAUUUCUACUGUGAAACCUUUCGCCAGUGCUAACACAUGCUCACUCAGUACACUGCCAACAAUAGCGACGAACCCGUACAGCUACCCUGUUUAACAGCUAAAGACAAGGUAAAGCUAGCAAAGUCCAGUGCUGUCUUUUUUGACUCUAUGGCCGGGUAUACAGUUCCCUUUCUCUCCAGUGGGGAGCAGCAGAGUGCUGGGCAGUGCUGUGGACGGUCAGAUAGAAGAUGAAUGGAACUCACCUGAUUAUUGGUGCUUUUUUGCUGCCUUAAUUGUGCUGAGCUGUGGCAGACGUUGGAGUAGGCCUAUAUUCCUCGGUGAUUCUUAUGAAAAGCGUCGACUUAGGAUGAAAUUCAAAACCAUAUGUAUCCUAAUAAAUGCCACGUCCACAUAUUUUUAUUUUUGUUACCUUGACAAGUGAGUGUUAAGAGUCAAGACGCAGCAUUACAAAAUGGUCUAAAUGUAAAAUAAGCAAGAAUAUGUGAUAUCUUUAUGUGAUCCCAGUUGAGCUGGGACGAAAUGAACUGAGAUGAGCACAAAUCUGACAAGUUGCUUGGCUAGCAUGCCAUUGUAUUUUUGUUUGUUGUUUGUUUGGGUUUAUUUUUUGUCUCUGUGUGUCCAUACGUGUGAAUGUGUGUGUAGAGGCAUUUGGAGUGUUAACUCCAGGCACCAGCUUGUGUGCAGUCAUUUGAAAAUUCAUCCAUCUUUUUCGUUAAAAAGGUUCAUUUUAUUUGAUUUUUUUUCCAAAGUUAUUUGUAAAUAUUCGCAUCUUGCACAGUUUCACAGUUUCUCAAUGAAACAUUCUACCCAGUUCAACUUCCCUACCUGCUCUUUUUGCCUAGCAGUAAGCUGUAGUGUUUUACAGAACAGAAAAAAAGAAAAAAGCAAACCAGCAAGCUAUCCAACCCUCAUGUUUUGUAACAAUUGGUCUAAAAUAAAAUAUUCAGUGAGAAGUGAACUGUUUUUAUAAUCCUGAAAACAUCAGUGUUCAAUUUACUGUUCAAGGUGCAAAAUCAUGUGGUUCAAUCAGUCGGAUUCAUUAACUGAAAUUCAGAUCUCCUGACACUUUUUCUUCUAUUUAUCUCUAACGUUCAGUAACGUCUUGGACACAAUAACUGUGUCCGAAUUGCAAAACUAAAACAGAAUAACCUGAAGUAAAAAAUCAGAAAAACAAAA